UUUGCUCGCCGUUUCUCUGCCGGCUGAUCUCCAUCCUGUGCUGACUUAAACAUGUCUGUGUUCGGCGACGUUCCGCAAGCUGCUCCGGUAGCCGUUUUCAAGCUCACGGCAGACUUUCGAGAGGAUCCUAACCCGAAGAAGAUUAAUUUGGGAGUGGGAGCCUACAGGACAGAUGACUGCCAACCAUGGGUCCUUCCAGUGGUAAAGAAAGUCGAGAAGAUGAUUGCAGAGGAUCAUUCUCUGAACCAUGAAUAUCUGCCCAUCCUUGGCCUGCCAGAGUUCAGAUCCAGUGCCUCCAAAAUCGCCCUCGGAGAUGACAGCCCUGCUAUCAAAGAGAACAGGGUGGGAGGGGUACAAGGUUUGGGAGGUACAGGAGCUCUGAAAAUUGGUGCAGAAUUUCUGCGGCGCUGGUAUAAUGGCACCAAUAACACGGCCACGCCAGUUUAUGUGUCUGCUCCCACCUGGGAGAACCAUAAUGGAGUAUUUCAUGACGCUGGAUUUAAAGACAUCCGUCCUUACCGGUACUGGGACGCGGCCAAGCGUGGCCUGGAUCUGACUGGUUUUCUGGAUGACCUGGAGAAAGCUCCAGAACACUCUAUCUUUGUAUUGCAUGCCUGCGCCCACAACCCAACUGGCACUGACCCUACUCCAGACGAGUGGAAAAAGAUCGCUGAGGUCAUCAAGAAGAGAAAGCUGUUUCCGUUCUUUGACUCGGCCUAUCAGGGCUUUGCGUCGGGCAGUCUGGAGAGGGAUGCCUGGGCGAUCCGUUUCUUUGUCUCUGAGGGCUUUGAGCUCCUCUGUGCUCAGUCUUUUUCUAAGAACUUUGGCCUGUACAAUGAGAGGGUAGGAAACCUCACUGUGGUUGCUAAGGACGGUGAGAAUCUGACCCGCGUAUUGUCACAGAUGGAAAAGAUCGUCAGAACCAUGUGGUCCAACCCGCCCACUCAGGGGGCGCGCAUUGUCGCCACCACACUCAACGACCCCAAGCUUUUUGCAGAAUGGCAGGGUAAUGUGAAGACAAUGGCAGAUAGGGUGCUGUUGAUGAGAUCUGAGCUGAGAGCCAAGCUGUUGGCACUGGGCACGCCGGGGACCUGGGAUCACAUCACCCAACAGAUCGGCAUGUUCAGCUUCACCGGACUCAACCCGAAACAGGUGGAGUUCCUGAUUAAGGAGAAACACAUCUACCUGAUGGCCAGUGGGAGAAUCAACAUGUGUGGUCUGACCACCAAGAACAUCGACUACGUGGCUGAGUCUAUUCAUGAGGCCGUCACAAAGGUCCAAUAACGCGCUCUCCCUUCCUGGCCUGCCUUAGCGGUGAGGUCUGUCCCUGGCUAUCUCUCGCGUGUUCGGGUUUCCGGUUUGGAGAAGAGGAGGCAGAGUAUGGUUUUUCACAGAACACUGUGGUACCGGUUUUAAAACGGUUUAUCUGGAAGGUGAUGAUGAAGAUCUCUAAGUGCUCUGUCUGUGUGUGAUUGUGUGUGCGCGCGCGCGUGUGUGUGUGCGCGUAUGCGUGUCUGUGUGUAUGCGCGUGUGUGUGUGUGUGUGUGUGCAUGCGUGCAGAUUAUGUUGUUAGCCACAGCCACCAUGGUGUUUGUCACAUGUUUGUUGUGCCAUCCAUCUUAAUACACAGCACUUAUAUUCACCAACACACCCCAGACAUCUCACCCACCCGACAAACACACACACACACGCGCACACACACAUUCUGUUAUCAUGUUUACUGUGUCUACAGUUUUAAUAAUAUGCAGUGUGCAGCUGAAUUGGACAAAAGAUUUAGGAAAUGAUUUUUGCACUCAAGGCCAUGGUUAAAUGCUGUGUCUGUCUUUGAGAAGCACAACACUCCUGUGUAUAAUGACUGAAAUACACUCACAAUCAUCCAUCUUAUUAACGGUCAGGUUAUGGCAACCCCUCUUGUAGAGGGCGUUUAGUCUGUAAUAUUGCGGUGUUUUACUCACCCUAAUAUUGUCUGUUUGAAAUUAAAGGGCACAUGAACAAGUCAUCACACUUCCAAAUCAAUAAAUUAUGACCUCUGAA